UCUAAGCUGCUCCAAGCUUUGGUCUACUCCAGUCUACUCUGUGUCUGUGUUACGUUCAUAUUUAAUAUCAGUGGUAAUAAACUUAUUUCCACUUAAUGAUAAAAAGCCGUAAUAAAAAUAAUGGGAGAUACUAAAAUAAUUACCAAUAAAUCACGCGGUUUGUUGUAACAUUUUUUAUAUUUAUUGCAGAUUAUAAUUAGAUAAAAAUAUAUAUAUAUAUAUAUUGAUAUAUUUCGUGAUAAAAAUGUCUCAAGAAGACGACGUGGGGUUUUUAUACAAAACUAUGAUCGAACGAGAUCCGAAAAAACGUCGAGUGAAACCAGUUGAGUCUGCACAGACUUCACUAUUAGAUUUUGAUUUAGGAGAGAGCUCAGAUGACAGCGACUUUCGUAUUGAAGAUCAUUGUGAAGAAUCUGAUGAUGAUUCUGUUGACUCUAAUGAUGAUGGCAAAGGCAACGCGAGGUCUGAAGAGUCUGAUGACUCAAUGGGAGAUCCAUUGAUGGUUGGGAAAAAGAAUGCUGACAUUACGGUUAAUGAUAUAAUUGAAAAAGCAAGACAACAAGCAGCUAGAGGAGAAAAUUUUGAUGAAAAAUUGUCUAAAAUGCUCAUCUGCUGCGGUUGUUUGGGAGACAGAAGUGAUGACAUCAAUGAAAUUGUCGAAUGCGAUGGGUGUGGAGUUACAGUUCAUGAAGGAUGCUAUGGUGUAUCAGAUGUUGAGAGUUUUUCAAGCACGGACUCAUUGUGCCAGUCAGCACCGUGGUUCUGUGAAGCUUGUAGUGCAGGAAUUGAAAAUCCAUCAUGUGAAUUGUGUCCUAAUAAAGGAGGAAUAUUUAAAGAAACUGAUGUAGGUAAAUGGGUACAUUUAGUAUGUGCUCUGUACGUUCCUGGUGUUGCAUUUGGUGAGGUUGAUCGCUUAGCCAGUGUCACUCUUUUUGAAAUGGCUUAUAGUAAAUGGGGUUCAAAACCUUGUUCAUUGUGCGAAGAUGCUCGAUAUGCACGUACUGGUGUAUGUAUCGAGUGUGAUGCCGGAAUGUGUCAUACAUAUUUUCACGUAACCUGCGCUCAGAGAGAAGGUUUAUUGUCAGAAGCACACAGUGAAGAAGUAGAUCAAGCAGACCCAUUUUACGCUCACUGUAAAUUACAUUCUGACAAAACAUUAGUCCGAAGACGUAGACGCAAUUGGUUGGCGCUACAAAUUCGUGCCCAAUAUCGCCAGGAAUUAUUGAAACAACCAGGUCAUUUAGAUACUGAAGAACAGCGACGAAUUCAAAGGAAACUUGCCAAGCACAGACACAAAUAUUUGGCUCACAAAGCAGCGAGACAACCGCCAUGGGUUCCAACUCAAAAAAUGCCCCGUUUAUUAACAACAUCAGCGUCUGCUUGUCGUCAGUUAUCAAGAAAAGCCGAACUUAUGGGUAUCGAUACCGCAGCAUUGGAAGCUCAAGAAGCUCAACUUGUUGCGCUCGUUGAUGUCAGAAAAAAAUGGCAUAUUCCCCCCGCUUUUAGUGUUGAAUUUAUUGGAUAUUAUCUUGAUCGUAAUUUACGUGUGUCAUCGAUGAAACGUAGACUCCAAGAGCUAUUGGAUGUCAACUCCCAAUUAUUAACAGAUCAGCAAAGACUUGACAGAAAGUAUGACGAAGUUAUGAAAGAUAAUGAAGAGCAAAUUAGAAUAAAUGUUACAUUGAAAGAAAAAAUAGAACUGUACCAUCAAGUUAUCAGACUUGCUGGUUACGUAAAACCAUUACCGCUUAUCGGAGAUCUUUCAAAACCCCGAGUACCUACUUUAGGUACCGGACUCGGGGUUCCAACUGCAGCAGCUCUUAAAAUGGGCGUCGGUUUUCCACUUCCUGUUAGUAAAGGAAGUGAAGGUGGACGUGAAGGUCGAGUUCUUAGUAGUCAGGCGAUGGAAAUGAGUCAUAAACCUGAGCUUACACUUAGACAUCAGUGUGGAAUUUGUCGUAGAUCGACAAAUCAGCAUCUGCUCGCUAAAUGUGACACGUGCCAUCUUCAUUAUCAUCUUUCUUGCUUAAGUCCUCCGUUGUCUCGUAUGCCGAAAAAAACAAAACUCAUGGGCUGGCAAUGCUCAGAGUGUGAUAAAGAGUCUUCGGGAUCUGAAGUUGAAAAUGUCGACACUUCAGCUCCACGGAAAUUACGUCACUGUAAAGAUGACGUAACGGCAAGUGAAGAAAUUCAAUUGCCAAGUACUCCGAGCACUCCUACAUCAUCAAAAAACAUUGUGUCGAAUGUUGUGACUCCAGAACCUCAUCCAAUGCCCAAGUUAACCAUCAAGCCGAUAAUUACACAGCCGCCGGUUAUUGAGCCUGUGCAGGUUGAUAAUUCGUCGUACAAUCAUCCGACGAGUGUUAACCCUGUACCAAUUACACCGAGAGAAGGUUCUCCGCAAUACAUGGUGGCUUCUACUGAUGGCACUGAAUCGGUUUCUCAACGAAGCGCGAAAAAAAGGCGACGAGAAAAACAUAAACGAUAUACUCCGGACCCUAUUACGGGAGUAAAACAACGGAAGCGGAAACACAAGAGGAAAAGUUUGGAUGUUGAAAAUCCAGAGACUCAUCCAGAAUUUCAUAGGAGAAUUACAAUUAAGAUUAAACCGAUUCCUCGACCAGAAGGUUCUGAAGUCUCAGACUCAAGUCCACAAAUGUUUGUAGCAACUUCGACGAGUACAGAGAUAACAGCACCAUCACCAGUUCAUAUCUUUCCGACUCCGAUACCUCCUCCACUGCCACCACCCCCAGUUCCUCAAACUCCUCCACUUCCGCCACCGCCUGUAGUAAAUAAUCCUUUGACUCCAGUAGUAAUUAACACAUCCAAUAAUUCUCGACUAUCAUCGGGAAAGAAAGUUAAAGAUGCCGAACUUCUUACUCACUGUACUGUCUGCAGCUUGACUGGAACUUCACAAAAUAUUGUUAUGUGUGAUGAAUGCAAAAAAUGUUAUCAUUUUACUUGUUUGGAACCACCAGUUAAAAAAUCACCUAAACGGCGUGGAUACUCUUGGCAUUGUGCAGAUUGUGAUCCUAGUGCUUCAGAAGCUGAGAAUUAAUCGACGUAAAUUUAUCAUUAAGAAAAAUCGUUUUGCUUUUAAAUAUUGUGUAGAAUUACGUAAUUUAAAUUUAAUUAGAAUUAGCAUUUUUUCAUAUAUUUCAAUUAAUUAAAAUAACGCAACAAAAAUAAU